UUACUCGAAGUAAUGAGCCUUUCCUCCCAUCUCCUUUUGCCAGAUGCUACCAUCUCUUUUCCUCUUUCUUCCUACUUAAAAGCCUCUCUCCGUCCCAAAGGCCAAAACUCAGACCGCUCCCAACUUAGCUCUUCUCUCUCCCUCUCUUUCUCUCUCGAGAGCUGAUGACUGAAGAAGGUGGCCGGUUCGCCGGCCGGCAAGGGUUCGGCGUAGAAGGGGCGGCGAAUGGCCAGAAGGGAGGAGCGGAAGAGGAAGGGAAGAAGAAGGAGAAGGAGAAGACGCAGAAGGUGCCGUUCCUGAAGCUCUUCUCCUUCGCCGACUUCUGGGACUACGUGCUGAUGGGCAUCGGCUCGUUGGGGGCCUGCGCCCACGGCGCCUCCGUCCCCGUCUUCUUCAUCUUCUUCGGCAAGCUUAUCAACAUCAUGGGCGCCGCCUACCUCUUCCCUAAGACCUUCUCCAACGAAGUCGGCAAGUAUGCUUUGGAUUUCGUUUAUCUCAGUAUCGCCGUGCUCUUCUCAUCCUGGACUGAGGUGGCGUGCUGGAUGUAUACGGGAGAGAGGCAGGCGUCGAAGAUGAGGCUGGCGUAUCUGAAGUCGAUGCUGAACCAAGACAUCAGCUUCUUCGACACUGAGGCGUCCACCGGUCAGGCCAUCGCCGCCAUCACCAGCGACAUCAUCGUCGUCCAGGAUGCCAUCUCCGAGAAGGUGGGGAACUUCAUGCACUACAUCAGCCGAUUCAUCGCGGGGUUCGCGAUCGGGUUCGCCCACGUGUGGCAACUCAGCCUGGUGACGCUCUCGAUCGUGCCGUUGAUCGCGUUGGCCGGAGGAAUGUAUGCGUACAUCGCCGUCGGACUCGUCGCCCGCGUCAGGAAAUCCUACAUCAAAGCCGGCGAAAUCGCCGAGGAGGUAAUUGGGAACAUAAGGACGGUGCAUGCAUUUGUCGGCGAAGAGAAAGCAGUUUACAGCUAUGGAAAAGCUCUAGAGGAUACUUACAAGUAUGGAAAGCAAGGAGGGUUAGCCAAAGGGCUUGGGUUUGGAUCAAUGCAUUGUAUUCUCUUCCUCUCAUGGGCACUUCUUGUCUGGUAUGUCAGCAUUAUUGUUCAUAAGGAUAUUGCAAACGGUGGAGAUGCCUUUACAACCAUGCUCAAUGUUGUUAUCAGUGGCUUAUCUCUUGGACAGGCAGCACCUGACAUUGCUGCCUUUAUAAGAGCCAAAGCAGCUGCCUAUUCUAUCUUUGAGAUGAUAGAGAGAAACAAUGCUAGCAAAGCCAGUGAGACAACAGGGAAGACGCUAGGAAAGGUAGUAGGUCAGAUACAGUUGCAGAACUUGUGUUUCAGCUACCCCUCUCGUCCUGAUGUGCCUAUCUUCAACAAGCUCAAUUUUGACAUACCUGCCGGAAAGAUUGUUGCUCUCGUCGGUGGGAGUGGAUCCGGCAAGAGCACGAUCAUCUCUCUCAUUGAACGGUUCUACGAACCUACUUCAGGAAGAAUCUUGCUUGAUGGACAUGACAUCAAACAGUUAGACUUGAAGUGGCUGAGGAAUCAAAUUGGUCUGGUGAAUCAGGAACCUGCUCUUUUUGCAACUACCAUUAGGGAGAACAUCCUCUAUGGGAAGGAAGAUGCGACACUUGAGGAGAUCACAGGAGCUGUCAAGCUUUCAGAGGCAAUCACUUUCAUCAACAACUUGCCUGAACGUUAUGAAACUCAGGUGGGUGAGAGGGGAAUCCAAUUGUCUGGUGGGCAGAAACAGAGGAUUGCAAUCGCAAGAGCCAUUUUGAAGAACCCUUCCAUUCUGUUACUGGAUGAAGCAACAAGUGCACUAGAUGCAGAGUCUGAGAAAAGUGUGCAGGAGGCAUUAGACAGAGUCAUGGUUGGAAGAACAACUGUGGUGGUUGCUCACAGGUUGUCGACGAUAAGGAAUGCUGACAUAAUUGCAGUGAUACAAAACGGGAAGAUCGUGGAGAGUGGGACUCAUGAAGAACUCAUAUCAAAUUCAAGGAGUGCUUAUUCUGCACUGGUCAGUCUACAGGAUGCCUCUAAGCACACUCUUACUGAGAGCCAGAGUGUAAGCAGACACAGUGCGAAGUUUUCCAGGGAACUGUCCCACAGAACCGGGAGCUUUAGAGGCAGUUUCCGGUCGGACAAGGAUUCAAUCAGCCAAUAUGGCCAGGACAACGCUGAAGCAGUGAAGCAAAAGCCGGUAUCACUGCGCCGACUGUUCUCACUGGCCGCACCAGACUGGGUUUACGCGAUCUGGGCCGUGAUCGGUGCUAUAAUUUGUGGUUCCCAGUUCCCUUUAUUUGCUCUUGGAGUAUCACAGGCAUUGGUGGUUUACUACGUACUUGACUGGGAGCACUGCAAAAAAGAGAUCGCGAAGAUAGCGUUGCUCUUCUGCGGUGGUGCUGGCAUCACCAUUGUCUCCAGCACAAUUGAGCACCUUUGCUUUGGUAUCAUUGGUGAACGCUUAACUCUCCGCGUCAGACAGAUGACGUUUAGAGCGAUAUUGCGGAACGAAAUCGGGUGGUUCGACGACAUGGAGAACGCGAGCGGGGUGCUGGCGUCGAGGCUGGAGACGGAUGCGACGCUUCUGCGGACCAUCGUGGUGGACCGGUCGACCAUCCUGCUGCAGAACAUGUCCCUUGUCACCACCUCCUUCGUCAUUGCCUUCAUGCUCAACUGGCGCAUCGCCCUCGUCGUCAUCGCCUGCUACCCUCUGACCGUCAGCGGCCACAUCAGCGAGAAGAUGUUCAUGAAGGGCUUCGGCGUCAACCUCAGCCGCGCCUACCUCCGCGCCAACAUGAUCGCCAGCGAGGCCGUCGGCAACAUCCGCACCAUCGCCGCCUUCUGCUCCGAGAGCAAGGUGGUCGACCUCUACACCCAGCAGCUCGCCGAGCCCGCCUCCCGCUCCUUCCAACGCGGCCAGAUUGCCGGCGUCUUCUACGGCAUCUCCCAGUUCUUCAUUUUCAGCUCCUACGCCCUCGCCCUGUGGUACGGCUCGCGCCUCAUGCACGACGGCCUGGCCUCAUUCAAGUCGGUGAUGAAGGCGUUCAUGGUGCUGAUCGUGACCGCCCUGGCCAUGGGGGAGAUGCUCGCCAUGGCGCCCGACCUCGUCAAGGGAAACCAGAUGGCCGCUUCCGUGUUCGAGAUCCUCGACCGGAAGCCCGGUAUGAAAGGGGCCGAGGGAGAUGAAAAUGGGGAGGAGGUAGGGAAGGUGCAGGGCGUGAUCGAGAUGAGAGGCGUUUGCUUCAGCUACCCCUCCCGCCCCGACGUCGCCAUCUUCCAGGACUUCAACCUUAAGGUGCCUGCCGGCCACAGCAUGGCCAUCGUCGGAACCAGCGGCUCCGGCAAGAGCUCCGUUCUCUCUCUCAUCCUCAGGUUCUACGAUCCUACCUCCGGCCGCGUCCUCAUCGACGGAAAAGAUAUAAAGAAGCUCAAGCUUAAAUCUCUCCGGCGCCACAUUGGCUUGGUUCAGCAGGAGCCGGCGCUGUUCGCCACCACCAUCUAUGAAAACAUCCUCUACGGCAGGGACGGUGCUACCGAGGCGGAGGUUGUUCAAGCAGCCAAGCUUGCCAAUGCUGAUGGCUUCAUCAGUGCACUGCCGGAAGGCUACAACACGAAGGUUGGCGAGCGCGGCGUCCAACUUUCCGGUGGACAAAAGCAGCGUGUCGCCAUUGCCCGGGCUGUGCUCAAGAACCCGGCCAUACUUCUACUGGACGAGGCUACGAGUGCGCUGGAUGCCGAGUCUGAGAGGAUUGUGCAGCAGGCCCUGGACCGGCUGAUGAAGAAUCGGACCACCAUUGUCGUUGCUCACCGGCUUUCGACGAUUCAAAAUGCAGACAAGAUUUCAGUUCUGCAAGAUGGAAAGAUCAUAGAGCAAGGGGACCAUCACAGCCUAGUGCAGAAGAAGGAUGGCCCUUACUACAAGUUGAUCAGUCUACAGCAUCAGCAGCAACAGCCAGAGCUUAACUAGUUGAGCAGUCAAGCACAAAGUGCUGCUCUGUUUAUUAGUUUCCAUGGAAACUACACUGAGAGAUGGCCGCAAGCUCAGCUACUAAGCCACACUAAUAUUAAUUUGUGCUCAAGAAUGUGUGCCUUCUCUGCACGUCAUGCUACGCAGUAAGCAAAUUGAUGGUGUUGCCUCCAUCUCAUGUUCAAGACCAUGGAGGUGAUCAGUGUUUGUUAUUUGAUGGGGGGAAAGUUGUUUGUUUUUGAGAAUUAUAUUGUUUUUUUAGGUCAGAAUAAGCCCAAAAAAGGACAUAUAAAUUAUGAAAAGGUGUGAAGUUUUGUAAUAUGUUACACAUUGAAUGGCCUUUUCCAUUGGCAACUACGCGGAAACGCAAUGAAGAUAACUCAGAUCAGAUCAGUUCA